AUGGGCGUAAAGCGGACAAAACAAAAAAAGAAGUCGGUCAAGCCGAGCUUUGACGAGACUGCACUUGCCGAGUUGACGAGCAAAAUCAACCAAAAUCUUGCCGACUCUAAGAAGGAGCGCCCGCCCAAGAGAAAACGACAGCGCGAUAAUGAUGACGAACACGACCCAAAAAGACGUCAUACCCUCCAUGAAAAGCACAACUCACAGAAAGAAACUGGCCGUGGCCGGAACAGCAAGCAAGCGUCUACUCUCCUCGACGAGAUCUUGGCGCUUGGUGGGAAUGAAGACGACCUGGAGUUGGUUGCCAACGUUGAUUCUGACGACGAAGGUAGCGAAGCACCUCGUUCCAAGGGUUCGUCAGAAUCCACCAUCGACAACUCUUUGAGGGAUGAGCUCGCCAAGUUUGCCUCCAGCCUGGGCUUCAGCAAGUUCCACGACAAAGAGGACCCGGAGACCGACGAUUCCUCGGAUGUCACAGCAGAAAGCUCCGAGGAUGACGACGUAUACGAUGAACACGAGGAAAGGGACGACACCCUGCCUCAACCACAGGAAGCUCGGAAAGAAAAACAGCUUGGGAAUAAACAACACUCGGCGUCGAUUUCGAACCUGAAGGCCUACGCGGAAAGGUUGCUGGAAAAGGAUUCGUCCGAAUAUCUCGCAGAACGAGCAUCCAGCCCAUCACAGAAGUUCAUGUCUACAAUUAUGUCGUCCGGAACACUGUCCGACAAAGUCUCGGCCUUGACGCUUUCGGUUCAAGAGUCGCCAUUGCACAAUCGAAAGGCGUUCGAGAGCUUGGUAACUCUCGCUGGGAAGAAGAGUCGCGGUCAGGCGAUAGCUGCUUUGGGAGCCCUCGUCGAUCUGUUAGGUAACGGAAUGCUGCUUCCUAAUGACCGCCGACUUUACCCGUUCAACGCCCAACCUGCAUUACUUGGAGCUCUGGACCAGCAUAACGGUCUCACAUGGACGGAAGGACAGAAGCUCCCUGGGAACGUGACGGCUGCUCACUUAAUGAUGUGGGCGUAUGAGGACUGGCUUAAAGCUGCCUAUUUUCGCAUUAUUCAGCUUCUGGAGGUCUGGUGUUCCGACGAGAUCGAGUAUUCUAGGUCAAGAGCACUCGACUUUGUCUUCGGUCUACUCAAGAACAAGCCAGAACAGGAAGCCAACCUACUGCGGCUGUUGGUGAAUAAACUCGGUGACCGAGAGCGAAAAAUUGCUUCUCGGGCCUCAUAUCUCCUCUUGCAGCUCCUCAACAUACACCCGGGGAUGAAAGCGAUAGUCAUCGGCACUGUUGAACAGGAACUGCUGCUGAAGCCUGGGCAGAGCUUACGGACCAAGUACACAGCCAUCAACACUCUGAAUCAGACAAUCCUGAGCACAAAGGAACCGUCUGUGGCCGAGAUGCUAUUACGCAUCUACUUUGACAACUUUCUCUCUCUCCUGAAGACCGGUGCCUUGGGCAAUCUAGGUGUCGAAGGUCGUGAUGAAAGAACGGGUCGCUCUAAGAAAAUGUCGAAGAAGAAGGCGUCGCCCGGCACGCCAGCGCCAGGGAACGGGCAGGAAACAGCACAAAAGCUUGUCUCAGCUCUGCUGACAGGUGUCAAUCGGGCGAUUCCUUUUGCCAACACCGAAGACUCGACACUGGAGAAGCACCUCGACACGCUUUUCAGGAUCACUCACUCAUCCAACUUCAACACUAGCGUUCAAGCACUGAUGCUCAUCCAACAGCUCGCGAUCUCGAAGCAACUCGCCGUUGACAGGUUUUACCGGACCUUGUAUGAAUCUCUUCUAGACCCGAGACUCACCACUUCGUCUAAGCAUGCGCUAUACCUCAACCUUCUGUUCCGAGCUCUGAAGAAUGAUGUUGACGUCCGUCGGGUCAAGGCGUUCGUCAAGAGGUUGAUUCAGGUGUUGAGCCUGCAUCAACCAUCUUUUACUUGUGGCGCCAUGUUUCUGAUUGCUGAGUUACAAUCUACCUUCCCAGACCUGCACACUCUGCUGGAUGACCCCGAAGACAAUGAAGAAGAUGGAGAGGAGUUUUACCGAGAUGUUCCCGAGAAAGAGGAUCAUGAAGGGGCCAUUUCCGAGACCCAGACUGGAACCACCAGUCAGCUUGUCGCUGCCUACGACGGCCGGAAACGGAAUCCGGAACACAGCAACGCACACCGAAGCUGCCUCUGGGAGCUGGUGCCGUUCCUCCAUCAUUACCAUCCCUCUGUCUGCAUGUUUGCCGGAAACUUGGUGACGCGGGACAAAGCCUUGCCUAGACCAGACCUCGCCAACCAUACGCUGAUGCAUUUCCUGGACAAAUUCGUCUACCGCAAUCCCAAGACGGAAGAAUCCAAACGUGGAGGCUCCAUCAUGCAGCCUAUCCUUGCUUCGGGCAGCACGUCGCACAUCGUGACGUCUACCAAAGCUAGCGCCAGACAGCAGCCGGCUGUCAAUUCUUCUUCUUUUUGGAGUCUCAAGCCCGACCAAGUUUCGGCCGAAGAUGUCUUCUUCCACGAGUACUUUUCCCGCGUUGGCAAACCUGCAGAAACCUCCCGCGUCAAGAAGACGGCAACCAACGAUCAGGUUGCGUCGGACAGCGAGGCCGCGGAAGAGGAGGAGAUAUGGGAUGCACUGGUCAAUUCUCACCCGGAAAUUGAGGGUGUUGACGUUGAGGAAGACUCGGACGUGGACAUGGAGGAAUACGAUUACUCGGGCAAUGACAUGGAACCUGACGGUUUCAGUGCUGACGACAAGAUGUCAGGCUCCGAGGACGACGGUGGCUUUGAGGGUAUCUUUGAUGAUUCCGAGGAAAGCGAUGGGACGGGCGUAAGCGAGGACGAGGCUGAGGGCCAGGCUGAAGACAAACCUGCGACGGCAUCACCUCGCCGGGGCCGUAGGGGCAGACUCAGCAGAAAGGAGAUGCGGAGCCUCCCCACCUUUGCAUCGGCUGAUGACUACGCGGAUGUGCUGGCUGCGGAGGAUGAUCUGGAUGACUAG